CUCCCCCUCUGCAGAAUAAACAGGUAGACAGUGAACGUGAAAGUCAGAAUCUUCAUUUAAUACACCAUUUCAGGAGUAAAAACACAGGUUUGAUUUAACACGCCGAUGUUGGAGUGAAGUAAACGUGUGUCCUGCUGUAAUCUGGAGAAGGAGACAUGACCUCCAACAUGAGUGUGUCUGGAAAACAGGACUUAAAGAGAGACGAGAGAAUGAUGGAGGGAAAGAGAUCAGACUCACCAGAACCCAGCUGUGUGUCCAUGAAGAGUGACCGGUCAAUGGAUCAUCCAUUUGACUUCAGAGACAGAGCCAAUUCUCCUGAUGUGAGACCACAACAGAAGAAAUCAAACCUCAGCAGAAAUCAGCUGGACUCCAUAUUCAAGGAGCUGGAACACAAAGUCUUCACUCUGAUAAAGAAUGAGCUGAAGAGGUUCAGGAAGCUCCUGAGUCCAGAUUACCCAGCAUGCACUGAGAGGGAGGUGGAGGAUGAGCAGGAUCUGCACAGUGUCAGAGAGGGAGCGCUGAAGAUCACACUGCACGUCCUGAAGAACAUGAACCACACAGAUCUCGCUAACACACUGCACAACAAGUCUGUGGCCUCUGUGUAUCAGACAAGUGGGAGGAAAGAUUCUUCCUGUGCAAGGUGCUGCUCUCACUUCUUUCAGCAUAGCUCCUGGUCUCAGAACAGGUUUAGUUCAUCGUUGCUGGUGUUGUGUAGAGGAUGUUAUAUUGUGAAAGUCACAACUAUCCCCGCUCAAGGUCUUGUGAAAUAUUUGACCUUAUUUGUGACUAUAUUCACCGUGAUGCUUUCAGCAGUUACUACAUUAGUGUCCUUAAUUUUUUACUAUUUAAAGAUUGUUUUAAAGUUUAUUACAGGCUCAAUGAAUGUUCUUCUCCUUCACUAGAAGAUAAAGGCCCGGUUUCACAGACAGGGUUUACAUUAAGCCAGGAUUAGAUCUUCAAUCAAUUAGGACAUUUCAGUAGCUUUUAUAAACGUGUCUUAGAAAAAUAUAUUUCUGGUGCACAUCCUGAGAUAAAACAAUGGCACUGACGUGUUUUAAGAUCCGUCCGUGCAAGUAGCUUUCAGUUAAAACAGCUCAGACAUACAUUUUAGUCUGGGACUAGGAUUAAGCCUUGUUUGUGAAACCAGGGGAAAAAAGAAGAAGGGUGUGCUUUAUUAUGCUCUCUACAGAAUAUGACAGAAGAAAUGUGACCCACACCUGUACCUAUAAAAAGCAGGUAGAACUACAGUUAGCAUGAAACCUCAAAUGUGUAGCUGGGCUGGAAAUUUAUUUUUGUAUGCAUGUAUAAUAUUUUUUCUCUUACAGAUGGACCAGCAAACAGAUUUAAAGGCUGUUGUGAAUGAUGGGUUACAGAAAUGUCUUCCUGUGUUUAUUAUUAUUUGAAGUUAUAUAUUCUGAUUUGUAAGCAAGAUUAUGAAGUCUCCUUUUGCUAAUCAUUUUACAGCAUUAUUAAAAAGUCCAUGUACACAAUGUU